UUCAGGAUACAGCUUCCACUCCUGCUGCGCUUGCGCGGGAAAACACAUACUCACGCAGGCUAACUAACAAAGGGAGCGGUCACUGGUCAGUGGAGCGGAAGAAACGAUUAAGAAGAAUGGAGGUCUCUUCCGUGCAAAAUCUCUGCAAACAUUUAAUUUUCUGCGCAAUUCAACGAUGCCGGAUGUCCGAUGAGCUUUGCAGAAUAUCAAUCGUUCUGAAACUUUGUCCAGAAUUCAAUCCUCCGCUCGUUCGAAUUUCAGUUUCUGAUACUGGUGUUGGAUGCAACCUGAAAGAGUUUGAAGCUCUAAGAUAUGCGACUAAUCCUAUAUCUGCCAGCAAAUUUGAUGGAGUAAUCACUAUUACCACUACGGGCAUUUCUGAUAAUGAAAUCCAUACUUUCAGCUUGAACAUAAAUGAAACCAUCUCCUCAGGGAGGCUGACAAAGCUAUCUUCAAUUUCGAAAUGUGGUGCAAAAUUCAGUGGGACUGAAGCUGUGCUAUCAACAGCUGAAAGUUUAAACGACUUGCAGAGUGACAUAAGCUUAUUUCUCCAUAAGAUGUCCAUGGUGAAAUUACCUACAGUUGCUGUUGAAUUAUUGGUGGACAGUCUAGGUGUACGGGGUUCACAGUUACAGAGUUGUGUUCUUGCAGUUGACUGCAGUCCUCUCCCUUCUUCUGCCACAAACAUUGAACGUCUGAAGUCAGGCCUUGAAGAAUAUGUUCUCAAGCAUGGAAAUAGACUGGAAAAUUUUUGUCAAUUAUGCUUCUCAACUGCGGAACAUCUGAAGGUUGGAACUGGCAUGGCUAAAAGGUCAGGUACAAGUCAAAGUAAAAGGCAGAUGAUGGAAGCUGUCGUUGUUAUCAGUGAAACAUCAGAACCAGCCUUUCCUGCCUGUUGCAGGCCCUCUGGCAAAAGAACAGAGGUCUUCUUUUUUAAGGACUUCACACCUUGCUCAAUUCCCCAACCAUCUUUGGAUGCAUUGACAAGCAUCAAGUGGAAAGAUUAUGGUCUUACCCUGAAGAGGAUUACUGAUCAAGAUGAUAUUGCACUUCUGGAAUGGGAAAACCUGCCACCAAACUUCCACAUUGACAUUGCCCUCCACAGUUACCAUAAAGAUGUCAUGAUGGUACCUAGCGCAGGUAACAGACAAGCAGACAAAACAUUCACCAGAAAAGCUCUCAAGCUUGCGCUCUAUGAACUGAAAGAAACCAAUGAUAAGGCUCUUCUAAGUUCUCAUGCACUUAAGAUUUGCAAUUAUGCACCUGAUCUUGCGAAAACAAUUGCUGGCCUAGUUUUGUCAUCAUGUGACAUCAACUUCAAAAAAGAGUGCUUCUCUGUUCUUGGAUUGCAAUGCCAAAAACUCGAGGCAAGUGGCCUUGAAAACUGCAUAAAGGACAAGAUACUAUCAGCCAUAGGUUCAAAUGACAGAAAGGCCCAACGAACCAGAGAACCUGCAGCUAUUCUUUUUCAAAAUGAAUGCUUCCAGUUGGACUUCCAAGACGAAGAUUAUGAAGAUGGUGAGGAAAUGUUUAGCUCCUUAAAGUUGUAGAGAAAUUUGAAGCCAAACGAAUCUUGAUUUUGUGACCCGCAAUCUCCCAAAUUGAAGUCUGAGAUCGACUGUCUGCCUGUUUUUACCAGUGGCAAUCUUUUUCAUUUAAUGCUUUCAACUAUGCAUUCCUUGCCACAGUGGUCUAUGAUAUAUUUCACUGAUCUUUAGUGACUUUUCUCUCUAAAAAUCCUGAGGACAUAUUCGGUCUACUAUGGAUUACUGGGGAUAGUGGUGAUCAACAUUUUUCAACCCAGACGAUGGGACAAAUGUCAACUUCUCCCGGUUUACUCUGCUGA